ACGUCCUCCUCCCCCUUAGCCCAGCUACGCUAACAGCUCCCCUGCAGCAGCAGCAGCAGCGGCGGCAGCAGCACGGCGAGCAAACACAACACACUGACAGCUGCGACUGACUCACAACCGAGGGGGUCAAAGAUGGAGCACAGGGACGCGGAUUUCAACAUCAUGCUGGCGACGGAUUCCUACAAGGUAACACAUUACAAACAGUACCCCCCCAACACAAGUAAAGUCUACUCCUAUUUUGAGUGCCGUGAGAAGAGGACGGAUCCUGGGAAAAGCAGGAAGGUCAAAUAUGACAAGACGGUGUUCUAUGGUCUACAGUACAUCUUGCACAAAUAUCUUAAAGGAAAGGUAGUUACUCCUGAGAAGAUCCAGGAGGCAAAGGAAGUGUACCGAGAACACUUCCAAGACGAUGUUUUUAAUGAAAAAGGGUGGAACUACAUUUUGGAGAAAUACAGUGGACACCUGCCCAUAGAAAUCAAGGCGGUGCCCGAAGGGAGCGUCAUUCCUCGAGGGAACGUCCUGUUCACGGUGGAGAGCACAGAUCCCGAAUGCUAUUGGCUCACCAACUGGGUGGAGACCAUCCUGGUACAGAUCUGGUACCCCAUCACCGUGGCGACCAACUCCAGGGAGCAGAAGAAGAUCCUCGCCAAGUAUCUCCUGGAGACAUCCGGGAACUUGGAGGGACUGGACUACAAGCUACACGACUUUGGCUACAGGGGCGUCUCUUCCCAAGAGACUGCAGGCAUUGGCGCCUCGGCUCACUUGGUCAAUUUCAAGGGCACGGACACGGUUGCCGGCAUCGGAGUCAUUAAGAAGUACUACGGCACCAAGGACCCGGUCCCAGGCUUCUCCGUACCUGCUGCAGAACACAGCACCAUCACAGCGUGGGGCAAGGACCACGAGAAAGACGCCUUCGAGCACAUCAUCAAGCAGUUCCCCGGCGUGCCCGUCUCCAUUGUGAGUGACAGCUACGACAUCUACAACGCCUGCGAGAAGAUCUGGGGCGAGGACCUCCGCGGGCUCAUCGAGACGCGCAGCGCCGAUGCUCCGCUCGUUGUGCGGCCUGACUCGGGAAACCCACUGGAUACAGUAUUGAAGGUUUUGGAGAUCCUGGGAAAGAAGUUCCCAACUGAGGAGAACUCCAAAGGCUUUAAGGUGCUGCCUCCUUAUAUUCGAGUCAUCCAAGGGGACGGAGUGGACAUUAACACACUACAGGAGAUAGUGGAGGGCAUGAAAGAGCACAGGUGGUCCAUCGAGAACGUUUCCUUCGGCUCCGGCGGGGCUCUGCUGCAGAAACUGACCCGAGAUCUGCUCAACUGCUCCUUUAAAUGCAGCUACGUGGUUACCAACGGACUCGGGGUGAACGUGUUCAAGGACCCCGUGGCGGACCCCAACAAGAGGUCCAAGAAAGGCCGGCUGUCUCUGCACCGGACUCAAAGCGGGGAGUUUGUCACCCUGGAGGAGGGUAAAGGCGACUUGGAGGAGUAUGGCGUGGACCUGCUGCACACAGUCUUCCAGAACGGCAAGAUUGUGAGGACGUACACGUUUGACCAAGUCAGAGACAAUGCCAAGCUCAAAGAGAGCGAGCUUGACGAGCUGCUGCACUGAGCACGCCCUUAAAAAAAGUCGCUCAUGAGCGGAUGAAUGGAUGAAUGAGUGAAUUCCCAUCAACCUUUCACCUUCUUCGCCUCUUUGACGUCACACCCCCCCUUAAGAGUGGAUAUUACAUCCUCCUUGAAACGUACUGACUCCCUUUAAAAAAUAAAAAAAAAUAGUUCACUUUGAGACGGGAAGAAGGAAUGAUAAAAAAAAAUGAAGAAUAAAAAGUGGGAAGGACGGAUGACUUCAAGCUAGCUAAACCGGACGACUUGAUUGGAGGAGAACAUUCUCUGUUACCCUGAAGACUACAACAUGAGGGGGAGGGGGUUGUUAUGUGAAGCCACGCCCCUUAGAGGAAUAUUUUCAUUUUGAUAGCCAAAUUAUUACCAAAAAAAAAAAGGCCAAAAUCUAUUGAGUGGUGCGUAAAUGUUUUGCACUAUUAAAAAAAAAAAAAAAAUAGCAGGAAGGUGUAGAGCGGCCAUUAUAGAGCAUUCCCAUCAUUGAAACACAUAAUACUCUCCUAAUAUGACCAAGAUGGAGAAUUAAUACAUCGCACAAACUGUCUUCACUGGAAUGAAGAGGAUUCAUUGAAUGACUGUGUGUGUGUGUGUGUGUGUUUAAUGUUGCUUUUGAUGUGUGUGUGUGUUGUUCCUAUAUGCAAAUUCAAAGUCUGGGAUUGGAUAUUUCUUAUUAGACUUGCAACAUAUUUAUUGCAGAAGGAAGUUUGGAAUAUUUCCUUGGCGGUUUCCUUCGGCAUCACUGCCUUAACGUUCCGACAAUGGUGUACAGCAGGGGUGUCUGAUAUUUUAAUAAGAUCUAUCCAAAUUAUUAUUAUUAUUAAUUAUUAAUGAGGUGUGUUAUCAGAUAAUGACUCUAUAGUGUAAUGCUAGCCCUAUAAUGCUAGGGAAAGGUUUGGACACCCCUGGUGUAGGAGUCGAUGACAUCACAGGUGCUGGCGUUAACGCAAACUGAGCCCUGGUUACCCUGGCAACGCUUUUAUCAGGCGGCUGCUUCUGUCCUCAUGAGAAUGUUAUUUUUUCUAUUUUACCUACAUAUAUUAUUUCGAUAUUUGAUUAGAUUUUUCACAUCUUUUUUGUUAUUUGUCACCAAAUUCUCAUGAGAACUUGCGAGGGCGUCCAGAGUGUAGGUCAUGGGGGGCAUUUGCGGCCUGCUGCUUUUUUUUUUUUUUUUUAAUUACCCCAAAUACAACUGAAAAGUUUCAAUGUUGUAUGAAAUGUACUGUAUUAUUAUAUACCAUUAUAAUACACCAUCAGUAACUUAGAUGCUCCCAUGAACCUCGCCUACCUGUGAUGUCACCCGCUCUGACCAUCACACUCGAUUCACGGCAACCUGAAGUAGCGUCGCACUGUUUUUUUUUUUUUUUUUUUUUGCUGUUCAAAAAAAACAUCCAUUUAUUUCUACGAUUUUUUUUUUUAGUCCAGUGUUGAUUUUACCACUUUGAUACUGUCUCUGUUCUUACCUCAGAUGAAUAUUAUUUUGUAUAUUGCAGUAAAUAUUCUUCUUGACAAACCACGCGGCCAUACUGCCUUUCUCAAUGUGUACAUAAGACCAUGACUUGGACUGAAAGCAGAUGGGGGGAGAAACUACCAUAUUAGAUUUGAUUCUUUUUUUCUCAUGUUUCUACCAGAUAACAUCCAAAUCUGCUUGAUUGAUUGGAAGAGUGUGUGUGUGUGUGUGUGUGUGUGUGUGUGUGAGAGAGAGAGAGAGCGCUGUAUCAAGGAUGAUAAUUGUGAAUUAUUUCUUUUUCUACGUGUUGUUGACUUCCUCGUAUGUAUAUGUUGAUUGUCCCACAUUCUCACCGCCGCUUUUAAACGGACUCACCUCGCUAUCUUGUCGACAACACAGCGAUUAAAGAUGCCACCUGUCA